AUGCCAUUUGGUGCCCGGACUCAGUUUGUCUAUGAUUGGGGGGCAAUUACAAAAGAACGACUUGGCGACCUUGCUCAACCAGGGGGACAGUGGAAUAGCAUCAUUGGUAAACUCAUCAACACCCAUGACACUACCUCCCAGACGUGUACCUCCCUGGCGGCACUGUUCCCUAUCCAAGGCAUGUUGACAAAGGUGGUCAUCCCAAAGUACUGCAAGCAGGGUAAGGGCAAGUCCCUCCUCCAAUUUCUGUAUGCAAUUCAGUGCAUCCCAGCGGUCAAGUCCCCUCCACCCGACCAGCCGGACCAACUAGCCCAACCUGGUGCAGACUCUCCUGAUGCUCCCUCGCCGCCACCAGCCGUUCCUCUGGCGUCCCAAGAUCCAACACCAACCCAACAGAGCGGGACUGCUCCUCCAACAACAGUUCAGCCACCGCAACCUACCCUCUCCACCAAACGUUCACGUCGCAAGGAGUCCAAGAAAAGCCAGUCCAAACAACCUACAGCGACGCCUACGCCUACUCCUCACACACACCCCAAACCGCCUUCCACUGGACCAAAAAAGUCUACCCCACAGUCAGCAACCAACCCUCCUCCCACGUCUUCAGCCGAACAAAACUUUCCGCAUCUGAACAGGCCCCCACCACUGAGGCGUUCGACCAAAGUGCAUGGCUUGUGGCAAUGGAUGCUGAACUGA